AAAGGAGAGAGCGCCGCGGCCCACUCGAGCAGUCGCCCGCCGUCAGCCUCCCGCGCUCCGCUCUGGUCACCGCUGCCUGGAGUCCAUUGCUGCCUCCUCUCCCGUCGCCGCCGCCUCCCCUCGCGCUCCCACAACCGCCGCCCGGCCAGGUCAGAGAAGCCGGCGAGCCAUUCCCCCGCGCCCGGCCCCCCAGAGGCGGGCAUCCAGCUGGACCCUGAGCGUCGUCCUCUCGCGCUGUGGCCGCCCGCGCCUUCUCGGCCGCUUGUCCAGCAUGAAAACCAAGUUCUGCACCGGGGGCGAGGCCGAGCCGUCGCCGCUCGGGCUGCUGCUGAGCUGCGGGGGUAAUGCUGCCCCGGCGCCAGGCGUGGGGCAGCAGCGCGACGCCGCAGGCGAGCUGGAGCCCAAGCACCUCGGUGGCCGGUCCCAACCUCUCGCGCUGCCCCCUCCGCCGCCGCCGCCCCUGCCGCUGCUUCCGCCGUCAUCGCCGCCGCUAGCGGACGAACAACCGGAGCCCCGGACGCGGCGCAGGGCCUACCUGUGGUGCAAGGAGUUCCUCCCGGGAGCCUGGAGGGGCCUUCGCGAGGAUCAGUUCCACAUCAGUGUCAUCAGGGGUGGUCUCAGUAACAUGCUGUUCCAGUGUUCCUUGCCAGACUCCAUAGCUAGUGUUGGCGAUGAGCCUCGGAAAGUGCUCUUGCGACUGUAUGGGGCGAUUUUAAAGAUGGUGUUUUUGAUAAAGCUGUGGAAUGGCAAGAGGUCCUGUAAUAAAGAGGGAUCCGAACAAGCUCAGAAUGAAAAUGAAUUUCAAGGGGCCGAGGCGAUGGUUCUGGAGAGUGUUAUGUUUGCCAUUCUUGCAGAGAGGUCACUUGGGCCAAAACUCUAUGGCAUCUUUCCCCAAGGCCGACUGGAGCAGUUUAUCCCGAGCCGGCGACUGGACACUGAAGAGUUACAUUUACCAGAUAUUUCUGCAGAAAUAGCUGAAAAAAUGGCCACAUUUCAUGGUAUGAAAAUGCCAUUCAAUAAGGAACCAAAAUGGCUUUUUGGAACAAUGGAAAAAUACCUGAAUCAAGUGCUAAGACUUAAAUUCAGCGGGGAGGCCAGAGUUCAGCAACUGCACAAGAUCCUCACUUACAACCUGCCUCUGGAGCUUGAGAAUCUGAGAUCAUUGCUGCAGUACACUAGAUCUCCAGUUGUAUUUUGUCAUAAUGACUGUCAAGAAGGUAAUAUCUUAUUGCUGGAAGGCCGGGAGAAUUCUGAAAAGCAGAAGCUGAUGCUCAUUGACUUUGAAUACAGCAGUUACAAUUACAGGGGAUUUGACAUUGGAAACCAUUUCUGUGAGUGGAUGUAUGAUUAUACCUAUGAAAAGUACCCUUUCUUCAGAGCGAACUUCCAGAAGUACCCUACCCGGAAACAGCAGCUCCAUUUUAUUUCCAGUUACUUGACUACAUUCCAAAAUGAUUUUGAAAGCCUCAGUAGUGAAGAGCAGUGUGCUACAAAAGAAGACAUGCUGCUUGAAGUCAACAGAUUUGCCCUUGCCUCCCAUUUCCUCUGGGGACUUUGGUCCAUUGUACAGGCCAAGAUUUCAUCCAUUGAAUUCGGGUACAUGGAAUAUGCCCAAGCCAGGUUCGACGCCUACUUUGACCAGAAGAGGAAGCUUGGAGUGUGAAGGGGGUGACUCCACUCUUCACCACUGGACUACAGGAGGCUGCUGCGUCAGGCCCUUGGUGGAGUGCUGCUGUGACCACUGCCCUGGGCAGAAGGCCUGGACGUCUCACUACUGAGCACCGA